AUGGCUCGAGUGAUCACCGAUAUGAGAUUAAAUAUGAGCUCAAGGUUUGAGGGUCCCUUUUGGGCAGCAGUUGGUAUCGAUAUGACCACAAACUUUGGAGAUCAAAUGGCUGUCCUCCACUUGAUUCGAGAGAUCUAUAAUCCCGUAUUGUACGAUUGUCUUCAAAAGGGAGGUCACUGGAACACAGCAUUCAAAGGUAGGAAGGCAUUUGAUAUCAGACGUAGACUCACCACUAGGCGAAAUGAGUUCCCAGCUUUAGUUCUCGCUCAUGUCCCAGAUUCAGCGGACCUUACCGAGCGUUUAUUCGAUAUUCUUCGAUAUUACCGCUUCACUGAUCCUACAUGGAGAUUCGUCGAUCCUAAUUAUCCUACUGCCGAAGUUUUCCCUCUCCCUGCUCCUGCAGGUGGCCUUGCCCCUAGGCCUCCACUUGCUCCUGCUCCUGCUCCUGCUCCUGCUCCUAUGCCUGUUCUUCCUCUUGCUUUUACCACUGCUCCUGAUCUUCACCCAGCUAUUCCUAUUUCUCGUGUUCCUCUUCGUUCUGGUCCUCCUACUGCUGCUCGUGCCCGUGCCCGUGCCCGUGCCCGUGCCCGUGCCAAUGCUCCUGCCCGUCCUCUUGUUCGUGCACCUGUUCAUGCACCUGUUCGUGCACCUGUUCCUGCUCCUGCUCCUUCUCCUGCCCCUGCCCCUGCCCCUUCCCCUUCCCCUGUCCCUUCUCCUGUCGCUUCUCCUCUCCCAAUUCCCACUUCUCCUGUCCAUACUUCUCCUAUUACUCUCAUUCAGCCUAGUAUUGGUCUCCUUCCAGAUCUUCCUCCCGUGAUUGCCCCCGGAGUUCUUCACGACCCUAUCCCAGAUAGCCCACAGCCUGGCUACUAUGUGCCCGCUUCUACGGAAGUUCCAUCUCCGCCUCAAAAUCCUGAUCUAGAUCCUUUCACACGUACUAUAGAACAUACUAAUCGCAAGCGGGCUAGGGAUAAGGGUGAUGAAGAGGAGGGAAUGACUUCCCCCCCACAAAAGAAGAGAUCGAUUGACCCUAAGUUGCCAAAGGAGAAGUCCGAAUGGACUAACUUCACCACCCUAAGUGACUCGUCUUCGAAUGAUUCACGAAGUCUGGAUGUCGAUGGUGAUCUCCCGAUGGAUAAAAGUUAUAAGCCUUAUAAGGUUCAGAAUACGCCUGUUGAACCAGAGCCUAGUGUGUGGUCUACGAUGCGAGAUUAUCUUGUGGGCCGCGAACCUACCCCACAGGAACCAGAUGAGGAGAUCUAG